AAUUUUCAGGUGAUGGUGAUGAUAUCAAUCCUUAUCUUAUCAAUAUUUCUUCAUUUAAUUAACGGUGAUCAAUUAAAAUUUGCUGAAAAAAUUUCAACACGUUCAACAGCUGCUAAAGGUAUCUUACUGUGUGGUACCACUCCGGCUACCGAUGUUAAAGUAAGAUUAUUCCGGAAAGCAAGCAAUGAUAUUGGAGAAAUUCUGUCUACCAAGCAAACGACAUCAGAUGGACAUUUUGAAAUUAAAGGUGAUACAGUUGAUCGAACAGAGCAAGAUAUUGAGCCAAUGAUAAGAUUUUAUCAUCGAUGCGAUGAUGACCUGAAAAAAGAUCUUAAAAAAGUUGGUUAUCGAACAUUUGCUAUGAAUUAUCCGAAAGAAUAUGUAACAAUUGGUCGUGUACCAAGGAAACCAUUCGAUAUUGGUAAAUUAAAUUUACAGGUAAUGUAUCCAAAAGAAAGUCGUGAUAUGAAAUUUAUCGAUUAACUUUAA